UUAAACGUUAAAUUUGUUUAGUUAAAAUAAUGUGAAAAUGUUUUUUGUCUACUUGAUGAUAUUUGGACUUGUCUCUUCCACGUCAGCUUACAGGGAGAAGAGACAAACUGAAAAUCUUGAAUAUGUUUUAAAUCUUCUUAAACAACGUGGCUUAUUGGGGCAGGUAGACCCUGAACUGCUGACCAAAGCUCAGAAUGUUAUUCAAUCUUCAAAACAGGAUGAGUUUGAGAAUGAUGAAGAUUAUGAUGAAGAAGAGGAAAAAGAAACACUUAGAAGAGGAUUGAUUGACAGGAGAGAGCUUUUCAGCAACUCCAGAGAAAGGACAUUUAGAAGCGGACUUAUUGAUAGACGUUCACAGUUCAGGAGCAAAGACGAUAUUCAAGACAACCGCAGAAGUAUUUACGAGUCAAGAAAUGACCUCUUUAGAAAUAGUCUACGAAUGGAUUCUGUUGAGUGUGAUGCCCUUAAAUCUGAGAAUGAUUUGCUGAAGAAAAGGCUUGAAACGGCGGAGAGGAGGGGAACCAAUAGUAUUGAGGAUAACAGCCAGCUUUCAGCUUUAAAGGUUUUACAACAACAAAUUCAGGGUUCAGAAUCACAGAUUUCUCAUGUCCUGACCCCGAGCCCUGAAAACUCCUUGGGAUCUGAAAACCCCUUAAAUCUGCUAAAAGUAGAGGGGGGGUUAAAGGUUAGGAAUUCUGGCGAAGAUUACGAGAAAUUACAGCUCAGUAGUUCCCUGGUACCCUUGGAACCAACCAUUUCUACAUUCUUUGAGACAACAAGUUUUGAAUCCACCAUCUUGGAGACAAAGACAACCGAGCUUCCCAUUCAUUUUCAUGGACGCGUAAUUGUGAGAAGCAUCUACGAUACUGAAUCAAGGGUGGAGACUGUAACCAGUAUAAUUACUAAAAGUACCGAAAUUACCCCAACUCCAACAUGGACGACAUUUACAAUUACACCCACACAAAGUAUUGUGCCAACACCACCUGCGCAGAAAACACAGAUUUCGAGGAAAUUGAUUUUUAAACAAAGACGACAUUGUCUAUCUUCAUAA